UCCGAUCGUCUUCUUGCACGCCGUGUUGAGGGUGGAGAUUUACUGUCCCUUGAUUUCUCUCCACAAAGUCGACUGGAAGCGAAAGCGAUGGAGGCGAGAAAAACACCCAUGAAUUUGGACUUAAUAUGUAGUAACUUGUUCAAUUUGCCGAUUUUUUGAUCUGAAUCUUUGGCUAUUUCAUCGAGUUCUUGGGAGUCAAGGUUUUGGAGAGCUUUGUAGAUGGAUGAAACAUCGAAGAUGGAGGCCCUUCAAUCUGCAGCUGCGUUUGUGGAAGGGGGAAUCCAGGAUGCCUGUGAUGAUUCAUGCAGCAUUUGUCUUGAAUCCUUCUGUGACAGUAAUCCUGCAACUGUAACUAGCUGCAAGCAUGAGUUCCAUAUUCAAUGCAUUCUUGAAUGGUGUCAAAGAAGCUCCCAGUGUCCCAUGUGUUGGCAGCCCAUUAGCUUGAAAGAUUCGACUAGCCAAGAGCUUCUUGAGGCUGUAGAAAGAGAGAGAAGCAUUAGAGUCAAUCAAAGCCAUAAUACCACUAUUUUUCAUCACCCUGCACUUGGAGAGUUUGAACUGCAGCAUCUACCAGUUGGCGCAACUGAUUCUGAUCUUGAAGAACGUAUUAUUCAACAUUUGGCAGCUGCUGCUGCAAUGCGUAGAGCACAUCAUGGUGCUAGGAGAGGGAUGAGGAGUGGGUCUCCUUCUCAAGGCCGCUCACAAUUUUUGGUUUUCUCAACGCAUCCCACUGCAGCUUCACUUGCCGCUCUUUCUGCAUCAUCUGCUAAUGGAGGAGAAAAUGAAUCAGUUUCUGCUAUUUCUGCUACUGAUGGGCAAUCUGUGACUGCUACUACAGAAGACCGAGUCCAGCAGCAAAGCUUCCCUACACUUCCAGUUGCUGAAUCCAGGAAUAAUGCUGCUUCUACCAAUAGCCCUGGUCUCAGUAACCUGUAUUCCUUAAGGGAAAACCGCACUGUUGGUGAAUCAACUCCUAUCAGCCAAGACAGAGCAGGACCAUCUGACUUUCAAUCAUUCUCUGAUUCAUUGAAAUCUCGCCUUAAUGCAGUUUCAAUGAGAUACAAAGAGUCUAUAAGUAAAAGCACCAGAGGAUGGAAGGAAAGGUUCUUUUCACGUAAUACAUCUAUGUCUGAUAUUGGUUCUGAAGUGAGGAGAGAAGUUAAUGCUGGGAUUGCUACUGUGUCACGAAUGAUGGAGCGCAUUGAUAUGAGAGAGAAUUCUUCCGCUGCAACAUCUGGUGCUUCCACUGAACAUUCUGUGGUUGAAUCAAGUAAUGAGAGAGUUACUGGUGGUAGUUCUAAUGUCAAUUCAAAUGAUACUUGCCCAACAACUUCUUGCGCCGCUAGUUCUGGUUUGAAUUGAGCCAUGCCCACAUACAUUUCAACUCAUUGUGUACUUUUGAAGGUUCAAAAUUCAGAACUGUUAUGUUCAUGAGCUCAAUAGGUUUCAGUGGGUGCUGGUCUUUCUUUUUCAGGUGGUAUAUGGCUUGGGCUGAGAGGAAAAACAACUUACUAAAAUUUCAUGUAAUAUUUUAUUUUUUUUUAGCCUUUUUAUGGGUGAUAUAUAUUCAUAGACCAUCCAUUUUUACAUUAAUAACAUACAAAACUGCAGCAUCUGAAGCACAAAUGCUAUCUAUCAGUCUAUUUACUUGUUUGUAGAUAGUCAUCAUGAGUUAGAAUGUAAUAAAUGUUUUUUCACUCCAUUUUUGCAUGAAUAGAAUUCUUAAAUUUGGAGAAUUUAUAAAGGCUGUAUUUAUUUUA